UUUACGAAUUUAUAACCGCCCAAAUAAAGCUUGAGUCCUCAAGAUAGGCCCAACUUGCGACAAUAUAACAAUCUGUUUUCCGAAGGCAGUGCCUACAAGCAACAAUCAUUUCCAUUAACUUAAUUGCGCUCAUCUGUGGGACAGAUGAAUCGGAAGUGCUUCACGAAACCCUGAAGUGACUUGAGAAGGAUUUAUAUUUAGCACUUGGCCUCCAGCUUUGAUUCCAAGUCAAAAUCAGCUUGACUGGCAGCUCGGCUUAUACAUCAACCCAAUGGAGAGGUCUUCCUUUACAUCAAGGAAAACCACUAACGCAAAUACCAUUCAAAAUUCCAUUUUUUUCUCUGACCUAAAUAAUUCACACAUACAGUGCAGGCGGAGAACAUACUCAUUCUAUCCUAAUUGACGUGAGUUAUAUAAUAUUUGUAGGCCCGUCAACAUUUUAUAAUAUUCUGGGAAACAAUAUAAGUUGGUCGAGCUAUAAACUGAAUUUCUCCAUACAAAACCCAUAUGGCAGAAUCUCAUUUUUCUCUCAUUGCUUCCAUGCCCAUCGUGUAAUCUGUAAUGGCGAAUGGAAGCGGAGAAAUGGAGAUCCGGGUGGAUUCUCCGGAGCAAGAAAUUGAAAAGCCCCUCCUGUCGAAACAUAACACGCCGAGUCCAGGCUCUGAGGAGGACGCCGAGAUCGAUCCCGGGCUUAGACGACUGGGAAAGAUGCUGCUUUUCCUGGGAAUCGACCACUCGACUACGCUUAAAACAGUAUUUGGUUACUUGCUCUUUGUUGCAUUGGGGAUUGCUGUGCCGGCGGCUACUCUGUGGGCGAAUGCCUACAAAGACUGUUUAAAAAUUGAGGUGACUAAGUUCGAAGUGAUGAUACAGAUAUCUGGGUCGUGCUUAGGUGCAGUGUCAAUGGCGUGCAUGGCGCAUAAUAUUAGAAAAUAUGGGCUCCGGAGGUUUUUGUUCGUGGAGGUUCACCACCCACUUGUGCGGUUUCGUUACAAUUUCAAGAGCCAAGUUAGGGAAAGCUUUAGUCUUCUUAAAUGGAUCAUCUUUCCAUGCUUUGUGGUGAAGGUGAUUCGAGAAGUUCUGCGGAUCAUACAUCUCCAUGAAGGAUCCUGGUGGAACACUGCGGCAAUUCUUAUAGCCAUCCUUAUAUCAUGGCUUUAUUUGACAACUGUUUUCCUCUCUGGGUGUGUUCUAUUCAACUUGGUGUGCAAACUUCAAAUUGUUCAUGUUGAAGAUUUUGCAAAGCUUUUAGAAGGAACAUCUGAUGUGUCUAUUUUCUUAAAGGAGCACAUGUACCUACGCUUCCAGCUUUAUAAAAUAAGUCACAGAUUUCGUAUGUAUCUUCUUCUUGCCUUCUUGGUGGUAACUGCUAGCCAGUUUAUGACUCUUUUUGAGACAACAUAUUACAGUGGAACCAUCACUUUUAUCAAUGCAGGUGAUUUUCUGGUAUCCUCCGCUGUGCAGCUUGUUGGUACUGUGCUUUGUUUACGUGCAGCAGCGAAAACUACACAUAGAGCCCAAAGAAUAGCUUCAAUUGCAAGUCAAUGGCAUGCUUUGGCAACGUGCAAUACAUAUGAAUCAAAGGAUGAGGCUAAUGGGAAUGGUCCUGUACGAGAUGAAAGCCCAAUCUAUUCUCUGUUGGUGGCUGACUAUGAAAGUGAUUUUGAUUCUUCAGAAGACUUGACAUUGGCAGCUGAUUCUCAUUUUGCUUCUGAUGUGGCAUCCUACCACAAGCGACAAGCCCUUGUGAUGUACUUUCAGUUCAAUCAAGCUGGGAUCACCAUUUUUGGAUUGGCAGUGGACCGUGCCUUGAUGAUUACCCUGCUUUUUAUAGAGAUGUCCUUGAUACUUUGGGUUUUGGGAAAAACUAUAGUUGCAAAUACAAAGUGAUGUAUCAGAGAGCAUCUAGAUUUGCUUCAGUUAAUGAUAUUGCUGAAAAACUUCAAAAAAUUAAUCGGCAUUUGCCAAGUACAAAAUGUUCUCAAAGUACCAGUGGAGGAGAGAUUUGCAACGAAGAUAAGUUGGCUUGGGAAUUAUGAUACAGGAAACCAGUACAGCUUGGCUGGCAUGCCUUAUAUGCAUUUGAUUAGCAUUUGGCUUAUGUUAAGAAUGGCGAUUUGGUGUUGUAAUUUGGUUGAGUCAAAGUGAGCAAGUUCAGUGAAAAUAGGGAUGCUUGUAGGUGUUGAGUCUGAAGUAUUAGUCUUAAUUGACAUGCCAUAUAUGUAUUUGGUUGAUAUCAGGCAUGUGGCCUAUGUUAAGAUCAAUGAUUUGGUCUGUGCCUUUUUUGUGGGGUCUGAAGUGGAAGUGAGCAAGAUCUGAGUGAAAAUAGGGAUGUUUAAUGGGGCUGACUCUCAAGUCUUACUACCUCGAGGUUCCACCUAUUUAUACAAGAUGGAACCACGACAACGGAGCAAAUGAGGAUGUUAUCAAGCAAGUUUGUACUAUGCAUUAUCAGGGCUAUCCUUUUUUCUUUAGCGUUCUGUUGGCGUUUUGAUGGUUAUUCUUGGUUUAAGCAUUGUAACUAAGCGUGACGGUGACACCGUGAAAUGAACCUCUAUAAUAGAACACUUUGUUCGUCUUUCAA